ACAGGAAUCUGCCUGAUGCUCAAAGUAACCUCGGAUUAUGGGGGGAUGGCAAAGGUGAAGAUGAGCUGUCACCUGAAGAAAUACAAAUGUUUGAACAGGAGAACCAGAGACUUGUUGGUGAAAUGAAUAAUCUCUUUGAUGAAGUCAGGCAAAUUGAAGGAAAAGUGGUGGAAAUCUCCAGAUUACAAGAGAUAUUCACUGAAAAAGUCUUACAACAGGAAACUGAUAUUGACAAUAUCCAUCAAUUAGUUGUGGGUGCAACAGAGAACAUCAAAGAAGGCAAUGAAGACAUAAGAGAGGCCAUCAAAAACAAUGCUGGAUUUAGAGUAUGGAUCCUGUUCUUCCUUGUGAUGUGUUCAUUUUCCUUGCUUUUCCUGGACUGGUAUGAUAAUUAAAAAUAUAAUAUUGCCUACAUGCUUUG